GCUGUGGUGGGGGAGGGACUUCCUGUCUUGCGUUACCAAGUGCUACCGAAGUGAAGCCGGCUAUGAGGAUAGUGUGCACUGUGGCCGCGGAUUUGGCCCGGUGUAGGGUUAGGGUGUAGUGCACGGGUACUCACGUCUUUGUUCAUUUGUUCCCCUCCCUUCCUAGGCGCCUCUGGGCGACCUUGGGAUCCUGAGCGUCCGUGAGCCUGUUUGUCCGCAGGACUUGAGAGGGUCAUGGAGGUGCCGCCUCCGGCCCCCGGAAACUUCCUCCUCAGGGCACUGGGUCCUUUUCCCCGGGUCUUUGCUGCCGCAGCUGUGGCCGCCGAUUUGGAGGACCCUGCAGAGGGGCAGAAGCUGCCUUCCUACGUCCCAGAACCCCAUUUCUCGGAAUCCGGAUGGGAUCGCCUCCGGGAGCUGUUUGUCAAAGAUGAACGGCAAGGAUCUUCAGAGGAACUUAAGAAUAUUUAUAGGGCAGCACUUUCAGCAGGAAUCAUUGGCUGGGCAUAUGGCGGAAUACCUGCUUUUGUUCAUGCUAAACAACGCUACAUUGAGCAGAGCCAAGCAGAAAUUUAUCAUAACCAGUUUGAUGCUGUGCAAUCUGCUCAUCGUGCUGCCACGCGAGGCUUCAUUCGGUAUGGCUGGCGCUGGAGUUGGAGAACUGCAGUGUUUGUGACUAUAUUCAACACGGUGAACACUGGUCUAAAUGUGUACCGAAAUAAAAAUGCCCUAAGCCAUAUUGUCAUUGCAGGAGCUGUCACAGGAAGCCUUUUCAGAAUAAAUUUAGGCCUGCGUGGCCUGGUGGCUGGUGGUAUAAUUGGAGCCUUGCUGGGCACUCCUAUAGGAUGCCUAAUGAUGGCACUUCAGAAGUAUUGUGGUGAAACCAUUCAAGAGAGGAAACAGAAGGAUAAAAAGGCACUCCAUGAGCUGAAACUGGAAGAGUGGAAGACCAGACUACAAAUUACUGAGCUCCUCUCUGAGGAGAUUGAAAGUAGCUUACAGAAAAAUCAAUCCACGGAUGAUGCUAAGAAAAUUGAAGCACUGCUAAACCUUCCUAGAAACCCUUCAUCAACAGCUAAACAAGACAAGGACUGAAAUGUUCUGGACUUAAAACACAUUGGGGAGUUGAAGGGAGCUGUGUUGCCAUGCCCAUUGACGAGCAACAUCUGGCCGCUGUUUGGUCAGCCUGCCGGCUUGUAAUGACAGUGACUUGCUCUUAUCUUUUUUUACCAAGAAUUGGGCUAUUAUACCCUCACUAAAGUGAUAAGUAAACAUUAUCUUUAAAUUUAAAUACAUAUUUAUAGCUAUGUCUGUUGAUCAAUCGAUAUUUAAAUAUAUUUGGCAUAUAUAAUAUAUAUUUCACACACACACGUUUCUUUUCCCUCAAUUUUACAACAGAAAAAUAAAACAUCUCAUAAGAGGUCAAAGUUGAAUUCUACAGAUCAUAUAUUCAUGUAUCCCUUUAAAAGAAUACUGUGGGAGUCACCCAGGAGGAGGAGAAAGAACCAGGCAAGGCAGAAGUCCUGUGAAGCCCUUGUGCCUUUGAGUCCUAGAAACAGCAGGGGCCUAAAUGUAUAGUAGUGUUUGUUUUUUAAAAUGAAAAUCAAAGAUGAUUCCUGUGCCAUUUGAAACAAAAAACACAUUUAUCCAAAAUGGAACAGAUGAGCAUUAUUAAAGAAACAGUCUGA